AUGGCGUCAUUUGAUGCUCACAGUUUUAUGGAAGAAGUUCGAAAAUCUCCCUGCUUGUAUAACAAGUACGACAAAGAAUACAAAAAUAAAUACAUCAAAGUUAACUGCUGGAAAAAGAUUGCAGAAAAAUUUGAUAUUGAGGCUCAACUAGCAGAACAAAAGUUUAAAAAUCUUCGAACAGCAUAUGGACGGUUUUUGAAGCGAAAGAAAUCAGUGCGUUCUGGUUCUGGAAGGGAAUCAGUACCAGUUGUUCCUAGGGAAUUUAUCAAUUUAGGAUGGCUUCAAGGACAUAUGUCUUUCAGAGCUAAUACUGCAAGCAAUUUUGAUGUACACAUAGAAGGAGAGGAAGAAGACGAAAAUGAGAUCAUUUCAAUUGAUAGUGCUGAGUCAAGUUUGGAAGUCAGCGAAAUUUCUUCUGACAAACACUCAGCUGACUCAUCAAUAAAUAUUGAUGACAUUGAAGAGUCUAUUUAUGGCAAUACAUUAGAGAGCUUUGCAGAGGAAAUGGCAUCAAAAAGCACAACAGAAUCUCCAAGGGAGGAGGAAAAUAAAAAAAUGAGACGCCUGUACAAAAACCUGCCAGUACACGCCCAUGGAGUAAAUACAACAAAAAAAAACAAAAGAGUUGGAUGA